AUGAUGAAUACCAAUCGAUGGCAUAUUUUAUGUUUAUUUGUAAAUCUUGCCUUUUCGCUGUCAGAAAUUACACUGUCUAACAUUGCUGGUGAUUCGCCCGUCGUUGUCGGGCAGUCUGUAAAUCUCCGUUGCUCUGUCAGUUCCCGCUUCGUCAAUCAAACUAAUCUUUCAGUUAUAUUCCUCCGAAAUGGCGCAAUGUUAUCGGAGAAUUGUAUAGUUUAUCAUAAAAACAAAUACGAAGUUAUUUGUGAUCCAGAUGGUCACAGCUCUAAUGGCAAAACUCGCAAUUUCCUCUUUCGCAUCAAAUCUGUCAGCUGGACUGAUAGAGGAAAGUGGACUUGUCUCUUAUCUGCGUCUAGCUCAGAUAUUUUCCUUGAAGUUUAUGUACCUCCCAAGUUGGCUCCAAUCCAAGUAACAAAUAUCACACUACCUAGCAAGGGAUCCCCUACGACAAAUCGAAGUUCCGAUUCUCUUAGUGGCGCAAGCAAUCUAGUGGAACUAAAUCCAAACUCCCCAGGUCAUGGCUUAGGGACUCGAACCAACCCUUACGUUCUUCAAUCUGGUAUCCAAUUACAUCUUCUCUGCCAAACAGAGUGUGGAUAUCCAAAGUCAAUACUUGAAUGGACAAUCAAAAAUGUGGCGGUAGUCUCCUAUGGCACUCAGUAA